AUGGCUACCAAGGUCAAAGCCGACGGCAAGACGCCGCCCUCGGCGGCAACCAACUUGAUUGCCGGAGGCGCUGCCGGUAUGAUGGAGGCGCUCGCGUGUCACCCACUGGACACGAUCAAGGUUCGCAUGCAGCUGUCGAGGCGAGCGCGGCAACCUGGCGCACCAAAACGCGGAUUUGUUCGUACCGGCGUCGAGAUUGUGAAGCGUGAGACACCCCUAGCGCUGUACAAGGGCCUCGGUGCUGUCAUGACUGGCAUCGUGCCCAAGAUGGCCAUUCGUUUCACGAGCUUCGAAACCUACAAGCAGCUGCUGGCUGAUAAGAGCACGGGGGUCAAUAUUCGAUGCGCAGCCGGCCUCGCUGCAGGUGUCACAGAAGCCGUCGCCGUCGUCACUCCCAUGGAGGUAAUUAAGAUCCGCCUGCAGGCGCAACACCAUAGCAUGGCCGAUCCGCUCGACGUCCCCAAGUACCGCAAUGCUGCGCACGCGUUAUUCACAGUGGUCAAGGAGGAAGGUGUCGGCGCCCUCUACCGCGGUGUAAGCCUGACAGCCCUGCGUCAGGGCUCCAACCAGGCCGUCAACUUCACCGCGUACAGCUACUUCAAGGAGGCGCUCAAGAACUGGCAACCUCAGUACGAGGGCACCAACUUGCCGAGCUGGCAGACGACAUGCAUUGGCCUCGUUAGUGGUGCGAUGGGCCCCCUGAGCAACGCGCCCAUCGACACGAUCAAGACAAGGUUGCAGAAGACGCCGGCCGAGUUUGGAACCAGUGCCUGGAGCCGUAUCACGAAGAUUGCGGCUGAUAUGUUCAAACAAGAAGGCUUCCACGCAUUCUACAAGGGCAUCACGCCGCGCAUCAUGCGUGUUGCCCCUGGCCAAGCUGUUACUUUCACCGUGUACGAAUACAUCAAGGAAAGACUUGAGAAGAGCAAUCUCGCGUUCACCGGAGGCAAGUACGAGGAAUAG